GGGGAGGACCUGAUGUUCGAGGUGCUGCGGCGGGCGGAGGCGCGGACGCUGGCCAGCGCGGCGUGCGUCAGCCGGGGCUGGCGGGCCCUCGCGCAGGACGAGCGGCUCUGGGAGGCGGCCUGCGUGAGGGAGUGGGCUGACCUCGGCUUCUCCGAGCAGCAGCUCCGCGCCGUCGUGCUCUCGCUCGGCGGCUUCCGCCGCCUGCACGCCGUCUCCAUCCGGCCCAUCCAGCGGCGCCGUGCCGGUGUUCCUGCUGCGCCUGCUCAGGAAAGGGGAAGGCGGCAGCAGCCUCCUGCCAGGCUGGGCCGGGACCAGGUCCAGCUGUCGCUGUCGCUGUUCUCGAUCGGGUUCUUUCAGAGCAUGCCUAAUCACCCCCCUCCUAAGAAGAAAGAUGAGGGUGAUGGCAACGAUAAGGGUGGAGGUGGGCGGUGCGGGUGAUCCAACUGGCUUUGCCUAACAGCUAGUCUGGACAAGAGAGAGCACAAGGAGUUAUGACAGAGACAGUGGAACUGCAAGAUUGAUCUUUGGUGACUGUUAGAAGCCACAGACACUGAAGAUGGCGCAGCCUGCUGAGCUUUCCCGCGAGGAGAAUGUGUACAUGGCCAAGCUUGCAGAGCAGGCUGAGAGGUACGAGGAGAUGGUUGAGUUCAUGGAGAAGGUGGCCAAGACAGUUGACUCCGAGGAGCUCACAGUCGAGGAGCGCAACCUUCUAUCAGUUGCUUA